AUGGCGAAGACAAACUAUAGAUGUUUGCUUGCGAUGGUUCUCUUCUUCUUCUUCGCCGUAUGCAGUGUCAGUAGCUCGUCGCUCGUCAACAAGUUUGCUGCACCGCGACAGUGUCAUGUCUACAAGAAAUCUGGACAUCUUAUCCUCGGCGGUAUGUUUGCAAUCACAGAGAAUUAUCCCUCGACGUGCAACUACAGUACAGAUGAGAUCCAGUUCACUAUGCUACUCCCGGAGGCGAUGGCAUUUGCAAUUUAUGAGGUCAACAGGAGGAGCGACCUUCUCCCAAACAUCACUCUUGGUUUCGAGAUCUGGGAUCACGGCGUCUCGGAAGACGCUGCUGUUGGCAUCUCAAUGUCCCUACUCCAGGAACCACCACGUGGUCCAUCAAAGACAUGUGAUUUGCCAGAACGGAAGAAGCUGGUUGGGAUCGUCGGCCCGGAGUCGAGCGCGAUGAGUGUGUUUGUGAGUAAGAUCGCCCAGACCUACCGGGUGCCUGUGGUAUCCUACUGGGCAACCAGCAACGAGCUCUCAAACAAAGCACGAUUCCCCUACUUCAUGCGCAGCGUGCCUCCUGACCAGCUCCAGGCAGGAGCCAUCGUGGAGCUGCUGUUGAACUUCGGCUGGGACUACAUCGCUGUGAUCUACACCGUCGACAGCUACGGUAUUCAUGGAGCACGUGAGGUAGUGUCUCAGGCUGAGAGGAAGAACAUCUGCAUAGCGAUGUCAGCUCCUCUAUCCGAGCUACACACUGAACGUGACAUGCUUCAAAUCGCUUUGAGGAUAAAGAGGCUUGACUCUGUUCGGAUUGUAGUUAUGUUCUCAUCUACUGGGCCGAUAGCAUAUACCUUUCUCAGUCAGAUCCUGAAGGUUGGAUUACCGUACAAAAUCACUUGGAUCGGCAGUGACGGUUGGGGAUACGAACUUCUCCAAAAUGAUCUCCUGAAGGAACUCGUUGAGGGCAGUAUCUUCGUCCGGUUGAACAGCCCAAAGCAGCCAGAAUUUGAGAGAUAUCUAAACACCAUUGACCCGCGUACGGAUGCUACCAGCGAGUGGUUCACUAACUACUGGAGAGAAAGACUAGCAUAUAAUUGUUCGGACACUGAUGCUUUGGCAAGUUGUGUUGUACCAUUGCCAGAUGGCUUCUCUACUGAGUACAACACAGCGGGCGCUAUAGAUGCCGUCAAUGUGUUCGCCUAUGCACUGCAUUCCCUUUGGAUGGAAACAUGCCCCUCUGGCUCGGCUAAUUGCACCCUAGAAGCGGCUCAAAUUGACGGGGACAACUUCUUGAAGCACCUCCGUAAUGUGACCUUCACGAGUUCCACUGGACCAUUCACACUCAACGAGAACGGCGACACUGAAGGAAUUUACCUGUUUGAGAAUCUCCAAUAUGUGGAGGGACAGCAUCGCUUUAGGGAUGUUGGACAAUGGAACUCUAGGAUGGGAAACGGAGAAAGGCUUCAACUGUUUCAAGAUGAACUACAGUGGUCCGGUCUAAGUUCAAGUCAGGGGGUGCCGAGGUCAACCUGCCGUAAAAUAUGCUCCGCGGGCGUCCAGUCGUGA